AUGCUACGACCCGAGUUCCGAACGCACUUUGCAUGCGGAGUCUACGUACUUUUGUGCGCAAUCCGUGAUGGUGUCGUUGCGCGAUGUAGAUGGGCGAAUCGUUCUCUCGAUCAAUUCCAGCCGUUGUAUUUCCGAUUUCGGAGAGAUCACUUGAAAAUUGCGCAUUCUGGUGUAUCUUACUCUGUUAUGUCAAUGCGGGACAUUGGCAAACCUCCUGUUCGUGGCAAAACUUCGCCGUAUGGCUUCUUUGUGAAAAUGUGCUAUGAAGAGCAUAAAAAGAAAUAUCCGAAUGAAAAUGUGCAAGUGACGGAGAUCUCAAAGAAGUGUAGCGAGAAGUGGAAGACAAUGUCCGACGACGAAAAAAGGCGAUUUUACGAACUGGCACAGAAGGAUGCCGAGAGGUAUCAAGCAGAGGUGGCUGCAUAUGGUGGUGAGGAUGCGAUGAGGAAGCGAAAACGUGCCAAGAAGGACCCCAAUGCACCGAAACGUGCCCUAUCUGCCUUCUUCUUCUUUUCGCAAGACAGAAGACCGGAGGUGCAACAAAUGCAUCCGGAAUGGAAAGUCGGCCAGGUUGCACAAGAGCUGGGAAGAAUGUGGAAGAAUGUUUCAAUGGAUGAGAAAGAUAUGUAUGAGAGGAAGGCGCUGGCUGACAAAGAAAGAUAUGCUGAGGAGAUGCGUGAUUAUAAAACGGCGAUUACCAAGAUUCCCGGUUUGGAGCAUUUGGAGGAUGAGCACCACAUGCAUUUGGUGCACGUCGAUGAACAUGAUCUACAGCAAGGCCAAAUUGUUUAG